AAUUAACAAUAAAUUCAUAUGAAAUAAAUAUUAUUGCUGAAGUUGCAAAUAAGCAGGCGCUUGCGAAGAGUGCAACGAAGUGUAAACAAAUUACGCAUAAAGAGUUCAAUAAAUAAAAUUAAGCAAGUUUGCAUAAUAAUUGCGUAAAUCCCUUACCAAAAAUUACCAAAGAAAUGUGGAAACGAUGCCUGCUGCUUACAGUCCUCGCACAAUGCCUGUGGACCCACGUGGAUGCGAUUAAAUACGGGGAUAAACGAAGUAGCGCUGAAACGGUGGUCGCGCCACCUGCAGUCAACUCGCUACAAUGGACCGGCGGACAGUUUGAGUUUCCGGGCGCGUCGCGUUCGCUCUUUCGCAGUUCGGGCAAGUACAUCUCGAAGAAUGUGAUAGCGACGCGUGCGCAGAUAGUGGGUGACACCGUCUUUUUGGCAUUACCGCGGUACAAGCACGGCGUGCCAGCGACGCUUGUGAAAACCACACUCAAACCGGGCGCUUGCCAAGCCACCUUUGCACCCUUCCCAUGCUGGGACAUGCAGGACGAUAGCACAUGUAAAGGUUUUCAGUCCGUUGUCGACUUGGUUGUGGAUCAAAAUGAGGUGCUGUGGGUAUUGGACACCGGCAUUGUGAAUACGCUCGAGACGCCGGAGCGCAAGUGUACCGCCAAAGUGGUAGCGAUCUCCGUGAAGACAGGCAAAGUGUUGAAAUCCAUUUCGUUAGAGGGUCUUACAUCGCCGAACUCGCGUUUACAAUAUAUUGUGGUGGACUAUGCACCAGAUGGCAGUUGCUUUGUGUAUGUCAGUGAUGCUGCGAAUCGUGCCAUUAUCGUUUAUAAUUUACAAGCCGAUCGUGGCUUCCGUGUGGUGCUACCGAAAGCUGUCGCUUCGGGUUGUAGGGCACGUGAUGUGCUCUAUAUCGCGCUGAUACGCAAAGAUUGUGGCACAACCGAGUUAUAUUUCACCUACUUGAGCACGAACAGACUCUUCUCACUACAGUCGGAGUAUUUGCGCAGUGGUGUGGCCGAUGGUCGCAUAUUGGAUUUGGGUAAGAAACCUUCGCGUAUGGUUAUUAUCGGCACUGAUAACGGUUCGGCAAUAUUCUUCCGAAAUGAAGGUGACUCGGAGGUCUAUCGCUGGGACACAUCCAGCGCAUUUACGGAGACGAACUUUAAGCCUGUCUACCGCAGCGACACCUGUCAACUGACGACGCAUGCGGUGCCCGACUACAAGCGCAAUACAAUGCGUGUGCUGCAGAGCAAUUUCCCCGAUUAUAUGCAGAACCGUGUGGGUUGCGGUGCAGUACAGCAAUUAUCCGUUAUGCAAGGGUGUUGGUAACAGUUAGUUGUUAAGGCUGCCUUUUGCGGCGGAAGUAGGAAAUUAAAAAUUAUAUUAAAGUAGUAGUAGUAAUCGCGAUAUUAAAAACAUUUGAACCUCACUAGCGUGUAUAUAAAUUAUGGCUCUCAAGAAAUAUCUUGCUACACAAUAUCCGGUUUAAGGAAAAGUAAGAUGUGCAUAUUUUAAUUGAACUUGCUAAAUGCCGGAAUAUAUUCAAUAUUGAAUAUUAUUUAGACAGUUGGAGCGAAUAGUGCAGGAUUUAAAUUAAUAUUAUAUUGGUGUUGGUCGUAGUAUUUGAGUAUGUGUAAUUAGAAUUUAAGUAUUUAGAACUGACCUGAAAAUGUGUUUCUCGAAUUAAAUUUUAUAGAAUUUUUAUAUGCUUAAAAUUUUCGAUUUUGUAAUAGACAAUGUACAGUGUUAUCUCAAUAAAACGAAUUGUUUACAAAAAAUAAAAAAAA